AAAAAGAAAAAAUAUUUAGGGGGCGAAAAAUGGGAAGUUGGGAGAAAGCCAAGGGCCAAGGUCAAGGAAGGUCCCAAAAGAGUCAUUGAAGAGAGCCCCACUCAAAAUUUUCUCUACACUCUGGUCUUGAAUUCGGCGCAUAUGAUAGGACAGAGGAUGGUCUAUGCCUGAUUAUGGGCUUGCUGUAUAUAUUGGUUAAAACCCCACGAAUGCUUUAACCAGACGGAUUCUCGGUCGUUCUUGAAUCGGUUUCUGAAGGGCGUGAUGUCCAAGCUGGAGGAGAACUAGAUAGCAGUGGUUUUUAAGCUUUAUCUGGUAAGCUCCGGUUCUGUUGCGAUCAAGUUUCUUAUUGGUUUUUGAAAGAGAACUGCCCCCGACGUACGUCCUCAAUGCUUGGUAAUGGGAAAUCAGUGGAUUUGUAUAAGCUCUUCAAGGUUGUUAAGGAGAACGGUGGGUAUGACGCAGUCUCCAAAAACCGUUUAUGGGAUCUGGUGGGUGAAAAAUCUGGGUUGGGUACGAGCAUUGGUUCAUUUGUGCAACUGAUUUACAAUAAGUACUUGAUUACUUUAGAGAUAUGGCUAAAGCAAGCUGCUGAUAAUAAGGUCUCUGACUGUAGUCUGGAGUUUAACAGAGUUGAUUUUGGCAGGCAUUUGAUGGAGUUGCACGCAGAAUUCGAGGGGUCCUUGUCGGACUGUACUGAUGAAGAGUUGGGAGAUGAGAUGUGUCAACGUUCUGAGUUUAAAACUGAAUAUGAACGCCAGGAUGGUGGGGUGUUGUUCGAUGCUAAGGGAGUGAAGAGCAGGUCUGGAGGGGCCAAAAAAGUUCAGAAUGGAGGAUUUAUUGAUUUAAAUAUACCAGGAUUUGACUUGAAUGAACUCGCAACAACAAUUGAGUUGAAUGAACUCAGUCCAGGAAAUUUGUGCAUUAAGAGUGAGGUAAACAAAAUGCCCAUAUUAUCGGAUGGAGGCAUGAAAUGUGCCAAUGAUGAUGAUAUUUUGAUAUUGGACCCAUCUGAUGUAAAUGAAGAGAGCUUCAAUCGUAAAAGGAAGAGGGAGUCUAUGCAGGGAAUGCUAAACUGGUUGACUGGCAUUGCAAAGAAUCCCUGUGAUCCUGUUGUUGAUUCGAUGCCUGAAAAAUCAAAGUGGAGGUCUCACACCAACGAGAAGGUCUGGAAGCAGGUUUUAUUGUUUCGGGAGGCUGUUUUUCUAAAGCGACAUGCUGAUUCAAGCAGUGAACAACUGAAUUGGCAGAGACAAAAGAUGCAUCCAUCUAUGUAUGAAGAUCACCUUGAGGCAACGUACAAUCUUAGGGAGAGGUGGAAGUGUGCCAAGAAGCUUAUAUUUGAAAAAUCUAUGUCUGCAAGAGUCUCUUCAGAUUCAUCCAUUGAAACCAAGGGUAAUCUGGAGAAAACUUCAAGUCCUCACAAUGAAGAUUCUGCUGAGAAAGAGCUGCCUGAUUCCUCAAGUGCGCCAUCGGGUAUUGACAAAUGUGGCAUAGUUCCCAUCCCUCUGGGGCCAAGUCACCAAGCUAAAGUACCAGAAUGGACUGGCAUGACUUCUGAAAGUGAUUCCAAGUGGUUGGGGACCCGAAUAUGGCCAUUAGAGAAAGUGAAUCACAGACUCCUGAUUGAGAGGGACCCCAUUGGCAGGGGAAGACAAGAUUCAUGUGGCUGCCAAGUACCAGGUUCUGUUGAAUGUGUCAGAUUUCACGUUUCCGAGAAAAGGGCUAAGGUGAAGCUGGAGUUAGGUGUGGCUUUUUACCUGUGGAAUUUACAUAGGGUCGGUGAAGAUGUUAGGCAAUCAUGGACAGUGGAUGAAGAGAAGAAGUUUAAGGAUGUGGUGCGAUCAAAUCCUCCAUCAUUAGAGAGAUACUAUUGGGAUCAUAUUUUUAAAGCCUUUCCUAAGAAGACCAGGGAAGAUUUAGUUAGCUACUAUUUCAAUGUCUAUCUUUUGCAGCGCCGAGGAUACCAGAACAGGAGUACUCCAAAUGAAAUUGAUAGUGAUGAUGAAGAAUCAGAAUUUGGACCCUUGAGGAAUGUUUUUGGACAACAAGCACAGAAGCCAGCCAGUUCCAUCUUACUAACCCCCAAAAAGUCUCAGACAAAGAACAAAUAGUGUGAAUGUUGGCCAAAUCAGGAAUUUAUUUUAAUUGUAUAUUUUGAAAAUUUUGUUUCUUCACUGCAGCAAUCAUUGGUAUC